AUGCCGAUGACCCCUAUUUUGAUUAUUGAGAUUUUUGAUGUUUGGGGCAUUGACUUCAUGGGUCCCUUUCCACCAUCUUUCGGAUUUGAAUACAUUUUAGUCGUUGUGAACUAUGUCUCCAAGUGGGUUGAGGUAGUGGUUACCAGAACGAAUGACCAUAAAGUUAUGGUUAAAUUCCUCCAUGAGACAAUUUUUUGUUGUUUUGGGUUCUCACAUACCAUAAUUAGUGACGGUGACAAACAUUUUUGCAACCAAUUCUUCGAGGCAUUGGUGCACAAAUACAUGAUCACUCACAAAGUUGACACUCCCUACCAUCCCCAGACUAGUGGUCAGGUAGAGAUUUCUAAUAGAGAAGUUAAACAAAUCCUCGAGAAAACUAUGAGGCCCGAUAGAAAAGAUUGGUCCAUUAGGUUAGUUGAUGCACUUCAGGCCUAUCGCACUGCAUAUAAGACACCCAUCGGGAUGUCUCCAUAUAGAGUUGUGCUCGGAAAACCGUGCCAUCUACUUGUUAAGUUAAAACACCGGGCUUUGUGGGCUAUUAGGAAGUUCAAUUUUGAUAUGGCCAAAGCCGGUGACCACCGGAAGCUCCAACUUAAUGAGUUAGAGGAGCUCGACAAUGAUGCAUAUGAGAGCUUCAAAAUUUACAAGGCUAGGAGUAAGGCAUUUCAUGAUAAACACAUUUCUCAUAAGUCCUUCAAGCCUCACCAAAAAGUGUGGCUGUUCAAUGCCAAAUUGCGGUUGUUCCCAAGUAAACUCCGGUCUCGAUGGGAUGACCCAUAUGAGGUUAUAGAAGUCUUUCUAGAUGGGGUGGUUGAGAUUAAAAAUCCAUGA